AUGUUGGUGGUGUAUGUGGAUUUGAGUUUAUAUGCCGACAAGCCCUUUCUACAGCACUCGGUAUUUCGCAAAGCACCAAAAAGAAACAUUGUAAUAAAAACAGCAGAAAUUGAACCCAAGCAAUAUCGACGCCUCCGGGAAAAGUGCAAAAGCAUGACCAGCUAUUAUGAUAGCCUCAACAAAAAUCAAUCUGAACCUAUUCUGACCGAUAUGAUUGCCUACGCAAGACGAAACAGAGUUGAUUUGUACGUGAUUCUAAGCCUUGCCCAUAUUCCGUGGAAAGAUAGACAGCCCGAACUUCAUUACAAUUAUUCUAUAUUUUUUUAUGGAAUGGACUAUUCUUCCAAAUUCUGCCCAAAUGUAACAAAGCCUUUCCAGAUCGUCCUUCGAUACAAUAUUCCGCUGGUUUACACUACCUACAGAAAAACUGCCCCUUUUAUUGACGCUUUUACCAUUUCACUUCGCAAUAACAUUCAAAAUCGUUUAAUUGAAAACAUAACAGUUUGUGUACGUCCCACACCUCCCUCCUAUGUGACUUCCACCGUGUGUACAGUGAUUAUGGACCCUAUUUCACCCUACCAAUUAAGACAUUGGCUUUCCUAUUAUUUCUUAAUUGGAAUCGACAGAGCUGUAGUUUAUAGUGUUGCUCCUCUGGUUCCAUACCAGAAAUUACUCAAAACCAUGAAUAACCCCGGCCGGGUGGAUCUUGUUGAUUGGAACUUUAAUUCCAGACAAGGAAAGAACGGAACAACCGUUCGAUAUGGCCACAAAGAGGCUCAGGUCAUGUCCUGUUUCUAUCGAAAUAAAUACUCUUCUCGGUUUGUGCUAGUGGCCGAUAUUGACCAAUAUUAUUACGCCACCAAGAAGAGGCAAGUGAAGACGAUCAUUCCGCUCAUUCGCCAAUGGGUGAAGGACUAUCCAAAGGCCGAUGUGUACAACGUUCCCUGGAACUAUUUCACGACGAGACGGCCGAUAAGGAGCCCCAAACAAAAAUUAUUGUUAUAUCAGAAUGCGACCCUUUUCAAUACUUUCAGAGAGGUGGAAAACGUGUCUGUGUCGACAGUGAUUCACCCAAUCAUCAAUUGGAACUUUAAUGGCAUCCUGGAUCCCUCAAGCUGUUCUCUCUGCGAAGUCGUUUCUCCCGUCAACACCCAUUGA